GAGAGGGAGGGAGGGAAGGAGAGAGUUGACUGGAGUGUGUUCAGUGUGGGUCAGUAUAAGUCUGAGGUGCUGCAGAGGUGGGUGCGGUGUGGUGCUAGUGUCUUCGCUACAAGGAUGACGAUGACUAAAACUGACAGUUGACAGAUGACUGCCGACGACUGUCUGAUGGCUUUUAAGAGAAUAUGACCUCUGGCGGGGAAUCCUUCCCUGACCCUGUGACACCAUGUCUUCCUGCUGGGCAGUGCUGGUGGCUUGGCUGACUCUGUUCUUGCUAGUCCAUCCUUCUGCCUCAUUCUUCAUUGGGAUCGACACUAGCGUUGAGGAGGCUGACGGCUAUGAGAUCAUCAACCCUCUGGACAGCUGGUUCCUCGGAGGUGGCACCAGUAUUGUUUACAACGCACUCACCUUUAAUAUCUUCGGAAUUAAAGAGAAACUGAGGGAGUGGUACUUCGCGAUAGCCUCUACAGCAUUUUUUGAGGGUACUGCGCUUAUUAUAUCUGGCAUCGCUAGUAUUGUUUCUGCUGUCGUCACCGUCGUCACUGAAAUCAUAAGUACAAUCACCAGCAACAUUAUCGAGACGUCGUGGAGGAAGAAAUUAGCGUUCUUGGAGUUUCUCUUCAGAAUUGCAACAGGAAGGAGCCUCAAUGGGGCUGUGGAAUUUGCGCGUGCCAUCACUGAGGUGGACAGAGAUGCGGAAAGGUGAGACUCAAGAUUCAACUGUGACAACUUAAUGUUAUAACGAGCAGCAGGGCAUUUCCAGAUCCUGACGAGCAGUGUGUUUCUUAAAUGUAUGUAUACGGUAAUGAGUCGGCCACCCUAUCCUCUUCUUUGUUGCCUCAUGUAUAUUUAUGUUUCUCUUUCCUCUCAGUGACAAAUGAUAUGAGGAAUGAUGGCGAUAGCAUCGCUCACCUCAGUUGUUUUAAGAUGCAAGGAACUUUGUGUAAUGUAGUGAAGUGUGCCAAUUUCUCCUGCAGCAUCCAUUGUGCGGUGGAAGCACUGAUAGACACAUACGUAUGCUGUUUGUACCAAAGUGUAGCAUUGUGAAACACUAUGAAAAUUGCUGGGACGAUCACUACUCAAUACUAAUAGAUGAAAGACAAAAAAUAUGUUAAAGAGUGUGUGUGUGUGUGAGAGAGAGAGAGAGAGAGAGAGAGAGAGAGAGAGAGAGAGAGAGAGAGAGAGAGAGAGAGCUAUAAAAACUGAUCAAUCAAUAAAUCUGAGAUGGCAAUACUAUCAAUAAAUAUGUUGAUAUUUUGAAUAAAAGAAUGACAAAU